AUGGGAGCUCCCUCUAUGCCGGUCUCCAGCGACCUGCCACCUCUUAUUAUGGGAACGGCCACCUUCAACAGCCAGUACAAUACCAACCCUUACGAGCUCCCGACCACCGAACUUGUCCAACGCGCACUAUCGGCUGGGAUUUGCGCCUUUGAUACCUCUCCUUACUAUGGCCCGGCCGAAGAACUGCUUGGAAAGGCGCUGUCUACCAAUUUCGUCCAGGAGAACUAUCCCAGAAGCGCCUACAGACUACUCACGAAAGUAGGCCGAAUCGCAUCAUCGACAUUUGACUACUCUCCUGCAUGGAUCAGACGCAGUAUCAAACGAAGCCUGUCACGCCUGGGAACCACGUAUCUAGACGUCGUCUACUGCCACGACGUCGAGUUCGUCACACCAGAGGAAGUGCUGGGUGCUGUCCAAGAGCUACGAAAAAUCCGUGACACAGAUGGCACUAUACAUUACGUUGGAAUAUCAGGCUACCCUGUCGACGUGCUCUGCUCUCUGGCUGAGAUGGUACUGGAAAAAACCGGUGAACCGAUAGAUAUCGUCAUGUCCUACGCGAAUUUCACACUGCAGAACACCCUCUUGGCGACGAAGGGGCUCGAACGACUGAUUGCAGCUGGCGUGGACUGUGUACUUAAUGCCUCACCUCUGGGAAUGGGUCUGCUGAGACGCAACGGUGUGCCUAUCGGGAGCAUGGGAGAUUUCCACCCUGCCCCCAACGAGUUGCGUGAGGCAAUUCAGAAAGCCAGUCUCUGGACCGAAGAGCAGGGCGAGAAGAUCGAGGUUGUGGCCAUUCGAUAUGCACUUGAGAACUGGCUGCAUGUAGGUGCUGCGGUUGGUGCAUUGGGUUUGCCUACUGCUGCCCAGGCCAUCGGUACUGGUACUAGUAGUGCCACCGCCCUUCACAGGCUCGGAGGCAGCGUCAUGGGGGUAAGCAACAUUGCCGAACUGGAGGAGACGAUGCGGGUUUGGAAAGUGAUUCUGGACGCCCUGCCGUCCGAGAGUGUCAAUCUGCAGUGCAGAGAAGGGCACGUUGUGUUGGACGAAGACCAGAAGCUUCCGGAGAGCCAGCGGAUUCAAACCCUAACAAAGGGUAUUCGGGAUAUCCUGGGAGACAAAUGGGUGGAUUUUGUAUGGGCGAGCCCGGACGCUGACUAUGUGAACACGCCGAUACCUGGACACCCACCACCGGUUGAGGAUGGAAGUUCUCGUUAG